CAAAACCCACCGAGUCCUGUCCAAACCCCCGUCGCAAGGUCUCCUCCUCCACUCCGACCGCCGGGGGCCGCUCCACUGCAAUGCUCCGCGAUCCACGGCCAUGGCCUUCCUCAAGAACCUAAACCCUCUCAUACGCAGGAGCACCACCCCGAUCUCGAACCCCAGGCCGCUCCUCUCCCUCCACACCUUCCUCGCCUCGUCCUCCCCCACCACCAUCACCCCCGCAGCCGCCCCCUUCGCCGGAGCGGCGCAGGCCCACGUCCCCGUCCGGUCGGGCGGCCCGCUGUUCCUCUCGUCGCCCCCAUGGAUGCUCUCGCAGUCCGCGACGCCGCUCACGGCCGCGGCUGCCGCCCUCCGCGACAAGCUCCGCAGGGCCCAGGCCCUCGCCGGCGGCCGCGCGCAGGCCGUCGCGGACGCCGUGCGGUGGGACCGCAGGCGGAUCUCCGGGGGUGAGGCGGGGGCCGCGCCGUCGGCGGGGAUUGUGGGAGGUGGAGGCGAGAGGUUUCUGAAUGCGCCCAAUUUGGUGUCGAUUGGGCGCAUGGUGUCAGGGCCGGUCAUUGGAUGGAUGAUUGUGAACGAAUGGUAUCUUCCUGCCUUUGCCACAUUGGCUGUCUCUGGUGCAAGUGAUUGGUUGGAUGGCUUUUUAGCAAGGAAGAUGGGCAUCAAUUCUGUCUUCGGGUCAUAUUUGGACCCUCUGGCUGAUAAGGUUUUGAUUGGCUGUGUUGCUGUAGCUAUGGUUCAAAACGAUCUCUUACAUCCUGGUCUUGCCGGCCUGGUUGUCAUGAGAGACUUGCUCCUUGUGGGUGGUGCUUUCUACAAACGGGCUUCUAGUCUGGGAUGGAAGUGGAACAGUUGGUCGGAAUAUGUUAACUUAGAUGCGAUUCAUCGUGAAAAGGUUGAACCUCUGUUCAUCAGCAAGGUGAACACAGUAUUCCAAUUAAUGUUGGUUGCAGCUGCACUUCUUCAGCCUGAAUUUGGCACAGAUGAGACUCAGAAUUACAUUACACUCCUUAGUUGGCUUGUAGCUACUACAACAAUCACUUCCACGAUAGGCUAUGGGGUGAAAUACUACCGGAUCAAACCAAGGAGCCAAUGAUUGUUGCCACAUGCACUUGUUUCAUGGAUGAAUUUGCCGCUAAUGAGGAGGACAUGCAUCCAGUAACAAACUGACAUGUAUCAGGCACGCACGGAGUGGCUAUGCGAACUUCCCAAUUUACAACUGCAAGAUUGGAUAAAGUGAAACAUUUUGGGCAAAGAUUGGAUCAAGAAGUGAAGAACUGCCACAUGAAUGAAUCAGCGCAUUACUUGUACAUUAGACCUUAGGCCUCUCUCAAGUAGCUGUUAAGUUUCUUGCUUACUACUUUCCCCUAGUUUCAGCCUAGAGCGCACAUCAAAGCCAGUAGAACCUUUGCUUUUCUUUGGCCCGAUAGACACAUCAGUUCUGUUGCCGGUGUACAUAUAUGCACUUCAAAAUAUUUGUACUGGCCAUGGCGGAAUGAGGUUGAUAGGCGCUGUCCUGUUUCCAGAUGUUUGCAAAUUUGGUUAAAACAUUUACGAUGCAAUG